ACUCCUUCUCGGGAGGCCGUCAUGACCCGACCCACCAAAGUAGCGAGAGUGAACCUUGAGCCAACCCCACGCACUGGCCCCGCCUGCUCAUCAACGCCUUGGUUGUCAUGGUGAGCCCGGGGCGCUGCAGUGGAGUCCGGAAGUCUCUGAGCAAGCAGUGCAAAGCUCGAGGUCCCGGGAGGCUCUCGUUGCUAUGGUGAUGACUCCGCGAGGGCCUCGUGCCAGCGGUAUCGGAGGACUGGAGGAGGGUCCAGACCCCGCCCCCGACGUCAGGAUUCGGGAGCUACGAGCCAGUCCCGCGAGGCCACUGUUGCUGUGGUGAUUUACAGCGGCCUGCGCGCCGGAACCUGGUCUUUGCAGCUUGAUUGAGUCUGCAGAACACUGGAAGAAUGAGGUCCUCUUGGACCCCUUUGGGGCCCCCCGUGAGCCAGGACCGCAUCAUCACCAGCUUCCCUAAGUGGUACACGCCGGAUGCCUGCCUGCAGCUCAAAGAGCACUUCCACAGCCGAGUCAGCACAGCCUGCCAGCACAGAAACACAGGCACUGCUGGGCUCAGACUCUCCAAGGUGGUGGUCGUUGGCGAUCUCUACGUGGGAAAGACUAGCCUCAUUCACAGGUUGUGCAAGAAUGUUUUCGACCGUGAUUACAAGGCCACAAUCGGCGUGGACUUUGAAAUCGAGCGCUUUGAGAUCGCAGGGAUUCCCUACAGCCUCCAGAUCUGGGACACAGCCGGGCAGGAGAAGUUCAAGUGUAUUGCAUCUGCCUACUACCGCGGCGCCCAGGUGAUCAUCACAGCCUUUGACCUCACUGACGUGCAGACUCUGGAACAUACCAGGCAGUGGCUGGAGGAUGUGCUGAGGGAGAAUGAGGCAGGCUCCUGCUUCAUCUUCCUCGUAGGAACCAAGAAGGAUCUCCUGUCGGGGGCAGCGUGUGAGCAAGCGGAAGCUGAGGCUGUGCAUCUGGCCAAUGAGAUGCAGGCAGAGUACUGGUCUGUGUCGGCUAAGACGGGAGAGAAUGUGAAGGCAUUCUUCAGCCGCGUCGCCGCCCUAGCCUUUGAACAGUCUGUACUUCAGGACCUAGAGAAGAGGCCCAGCACCCAGUCCCAGGUCGGAGAUGGAGAUGGAGACCUAAUACGAAUAGAGGUACCCAAGAUCCCGGAGAACAAGAGGCCGCCCGGCCUAGGCUGCUGUUAACGGAGGCCAGAAUCAGAGCCAUCUACAGGAUGACUGGAGCCCAGGCUCUACAGCAGAUAUGCCUUCAAGCUGGAGAAGCCCCGUGUCUUCAGAGCCCAGCCAUUUUGCUUUAGCCGGUCAGCAGCCACUGGCUGCUGAAGCCCCAUACUGCCCGGUUGGUUGAUGGGCGCCAGCGUGAGCCAUCCCUAUAGGGUCUUCAGAUGGUUGUGUUCUUAAGAGGCUUCAAGACUGAAAACUCGGGACACCGCAGGGCUAGCCCACACCUCUUACCCAGUCAUACCAACAGCUGUGGAGCCCUUUCCUGGCCGAGCCUCUGGGGUCUCUGAACCCUCAUCUCCAUGUUCCAAGCACUGAAACUUGUCAGAGGAAGCGAGUAAAACUAAACUGCUCUCCCACCCGGAGUUCUCUCUCAUCACGAAGGCAUGGAGUUCUAGGCCUUUCAGCCUCAGACCUGGCUCUCCCAGGACUCUGGAGCUCCAUCCACUGUUAAGCACAAUGGACAAAGUCCGUUUGGCCCCUCUGGCAGAGUCCCGCCCCAUCUCUGAGAUUCCCCGUGGUUCUGCCUUGAGUAUUAGUAGGUCAGAAGGUGGACCUCUGGCUCAUCACUGUGACCAUCGUGAGGGAUGGAGAUUGCAUGGUGACCUUUGGAGCCUCACGAGAGGAAUCACUGUGACCGUCCUGAGGGAUGACAAUGCCUGGUGUCCCUUUGGCAACUCAUUCCGCAUCCCUGAGCCUGAUACUGUCCUGUGUUUUACCUAUGCCCAUCCCUGCUGGCCUACCAUGUGUCUGUCCUGCUGGCCUGUGUGUCUCUCGGGACCUUGGCAUUGGGCCACAUAUCUCUGGAGGACUUGGGACAUCCAGAAUCUAGCAUGCCUAACUCCUUUCUGUACAUCACCAGGAACACUGUGCCCUAUGUGGGCCCAGGGUCUUCCCCCAUCCCCUCUCCUACUCUGUAUUCCUAUAGCUCUGGGUCCAGACCCACAUACCCAUCUUUCUCCUGCCAUAAGAGGGUGGGAACACCCAGCAUUCCUAUCUGCUGUCCCCUUCCCCAAGACAGGGUCUCAUGUAGUCCAUGCUGGCUUCCAACUCCAUAUGUAGCUGAGGCUUACCUUGGAUUUUAUUUACCGUCCAUCUCCCAAAUGCUAGAAUUAGAGAGAUGUAGCAACACCUGCUUCCCAAGGAUGGUAAGCAUCUGCAGGCAGCCAUGUUGGUCCAUGCCUUUUUUCUAAGUGCCUGGCAUACCACACCUUUCUAUGACUGUUCAUUAACUCGGCAGUGGCCAAACAUCAGAGAGCGCUGACCUAUCUCCCUGUUCGAUACAACAUUCUUUAGCCUUAUUUUAGUGAGCCCUCUCUCCCUCUCCACUGCCCACCCCACUCUGAAACAUUGUGUCACUAUGUAUAAUAAACUGGCCUUGAGAUUGCAGCAGCCCCCUGCCUCUGCCUCCCAAGUGCUGGGGUUAUAGACACAAAGCUCAUAUUUGUCUCAAGACCUUUUAUUCUAAAAAGUAUAUAAAACAUCUCUUUAAAGGAUUCAAUGUUUGGUAUUAAACAAGGUGGUAGAUCAUUAAAAAAAAAAAAAUGAAAAUACUUCUGCCCUGAAGUUGUACUCUUGGAAUUGAACACGGUUAACAGUUGAUAAAAAUUCCUUCUGUGCUGUCCUUCCCCAGCCCGCCCUGUGUGCAAACCCCCAUGCUGGCUUGUUUCUCCGAGUGUCCUUGUACUGUGCACACUGCCUGAUGGGCCACCUGCCCAGUCAUCUGACCUGAUCUCUCCCUGUGGGUGCAUGCCAGGCCUUCCCAUACUUAGCAAAACAUGCAGUUUCCUUAGUGCGGAUAGACUGUGGGCCACUUGCGUUCCUUAUCUACUGGCUGGCCAGCUGGCAGGUUUGUGUCUGCUGUUGUUAGCUUUCCCCUGUGGCACUUUAGAAUUUCCACAGAAGGUGUUUGUGGGCUCUCCUCUGGACUGUGGUCCCUUCCCUGAUCCAUGAAGGCAGGGCCUGUUAGGGACAGGCUACAUUGUUGUUGCAUCCCAGAGGGUUAGGGUUUAGUGGUCGCCUGAUGCCUGUCUUCCUCCUAGGUCCUAGGAUGGUGAUGGGAAAGGAUGAUACUGUGUCCUCCUGUCAUGAGCUCCAGAGCCAGAAGUAACUCUGCUUUGCACACCCCCACAUCCCUGGAGAUCGCCCAUUAUUAAACUCUCCUCAUGUU